AUGCCCCUAUCGUCUAAAGGUUCAGGAUAUCUCUCUUUCAAUGAGGUAGCAGAGACUCGACUUUCCUAG